AUGCAAAACAAACCUUCAAAGCACAAUGUUGAAGCGGAUGUAAUCUUGCGUGGAUACUCAGGAUGGAAUUCAAGAAGGGCUUUGGAAGUUUUGGAUGAAAUUUUUCCUAAGGUAGAGAUAAAACGCCAUGUUCAAUUGAAGGCCUCAUCAGAAGAUUCCUUUCUUUAA